AGAUGAGUAGUUGCCCCCUCCCCCCGCGAAGAUUUGAAAACGGCUUUGUAAAUUUAAAGGAGGGCGAAGUUGACCGGACGAGAAAGAAAACCAGGAACAGACAUGGCUCCCAGGAAAAGAACCACCAAGCAACCUAAGAAAAACCCGAAGAGCGAAAAGCUCGAGGCCUUUCUGGAGGAUUUUGACAGCGAGGUGAAAACCAGAGUUGGACAACUGAAAGAGAAAAUGUACCAGCUGCUGAAAGAUGUUGACAACAGCUACAACAUGGCAAUUAUCACCCUGCCCAUGGCUAUCAGAAAAAUGUCCUGGUUGGAGAACUGCAGACCUGAGAAACCAAAGUCACCAGAAGAGGAUAAAGUAAAGAGAGAAGAGGGAGAUACUAUUGCUGAAGGUGUUGUGGCUGACGAGAAUGCAGCUCCUCUGAAAACAGUUAAGAAAAUGUCAAAGAAAAAGGUUGGAGCAAAAUCUGGCGUAGAAGACGAAAACACCCCGAGCACAACUAGGAAGGCCAGAGCUACCAAAAAGCCCCCGACCACGUCCAAAAGAGCAAAGGCAUUGGCAGUAGCCAAGCAGAGCACCGCUAUCAGACGAUCGUCCAGGAAGCCCCUGAUCACUCCUGCCAGGAGCAUGUUGGACUCUUCUUUGAUGAUGGGACCAACUCCCCUCAUCACCCCACGCUUUGACCCAAGGCUUCCUAAGACCCCCGCUGUGAGAGUUCCCCGCCACAAAGAGAGGGUCUACAGCAUUUCAGUCAACGGCUCUCCCAUCGCGGCAGGAAAUGAGGAUAUCGUCAUCAAUGUUCCCAUUGGAAACGGAGAGAGCGUUCAGCUCCUGGCCAGUCAGAUGGACUCAGUGGACCUGUCGAUGCUGGAUGAAACCGCCCUGAAGAGCAUUCGGCUGCUGCAGAAUCGUCUCACAAGACUCGGCGUGUGAGUUUAAGCCUUGAGGGAAUCUGCGUUCUGGAUUUUAAUUGUUUAAAAAAGAAACAAAAUUGUUUAUUUGGAACUGAAACUUGUGCAUUUUCAGAGGUAGUUUGUGCUGCCUUUGUUGUAUGAAAUGUAAUCCAUGGGCGGGUUUAGCUACAUGUAUUUGAUUUUAGUGUCAUUCAUAUCUUUUAUACGUAGCCAGUGAGACUUGUAAGGUUUGGAUUUUAGUUUUCCUCAACGCCUUAUGAGUGAGAUGGAUGCUUUGAGACUCAAACAUGUUUGCAUAUAUUUGGUAAAUAUGCUUUUCUGCUGAUUCUUUCUUUUGUAAGUCCACUUUUAUGUGACUUUUUUUUAUAUAUAUAUAUAUUGUUGAAUUGUCCUUUCUCUAUAAAUCAGCUUGCAGUCGCAUUGUUAGUGAAAACACAUACUUCUUGUACAUAUUUUACUCUUCAUGUCUGCAAAACUCAUAAAGGAUUUUUAGAUCUGUU